AUGGGGCAAGCCGACCCUGCGGUGCAGACAGAUGGCAGCCCUCUCUGCUGCCAUUUCCACUUCAGCCCCAAGGUGAUGUUCACAAAGGUACUGAAGGCCCAGCUGUGGGUUUAUCUCCGGCCUGUGCCCCGUCCAGCCACAGUCUACCUGCAGAUCUUGCGACUGAAACCCCUAACUGGGGAAGGGACCGCAGGGGGAGGGGGCGGAGGCCGGCGUCACAUCCGUAUCCGCUCGCUCAAAAUUGACCUGCACUCACGCUCCGGCCACUGGCAAAGCAUCGACUUCAAGCAAGUACUACAUAGCUGGUUCCGCCAGCCACAGAGCAACUGGGGCAUCGAGAUCAACGCCUUUGAUCCCAGUGGCACAGACCUGGCUGUCACCUCCCUGGGGCCGGGAGCCGAGGGGCUGCAUCCUUUCAUGGAGCUUCGAGUCCUAGAGAACACAAAACGGUCCCGGCGGAACCUGGGCCUGGACUGCGAUGAGCACUCCAGUGAGUCCCGCUGCUGCCGAUACCCCCUCACUGUGGACUUUGAGGCUUUUGGCUGGGACUGGAUCAUCGCACCUAAACGCUACAAGGCCAACUACUGCUCCGGCCAGUGCGAGUACAUGUUCAUGCAAAAGUAUCCGCACACCCACUUGGUGCAACAGGCUAACCCAAGAGGCUCUGCUGGGCCCUGCUGUACCCCCACCAAGAUGUCCCCGAUCAACAUGCUCUACUUCAAUGACAAGCAGCAGAUUAUCUACGGCAAGAUCCCUGGCAUGGUGGUGGACCGCUGUGGCUGCUCCUAAGGUGGGGGACAGAGGAUGCCUCCCCAGCAGACCCUACCCCUAGACCCCCCAGCCCUGACCCCCUCCCCCCAGGCCCUAGAGCUCCCUCCACCUCUUCCGAUGAACAUCACACCUUGUUCCCUGCCCAAGCAGUGUGCAAUACAACCGAGGGAGGCAGGUGGGGAAUUCAGGGGUGAGGAGUUUGGGGGAAAGGGGGAAGAAGAGGGGGCAUGGUCAGGUGGGGAGUUUUUGAGGUUUGAGGUGAGAAGGUUUGGCAAGAAGACAGAGAGACGUAGAGACAGAGGUAGUGCAGAGGAAUAGAGACAGAGGAACAAAAAGAGCAGCAGUGAGAAGAAGACAAAGGGAUAGAUGCAGAAGAGACAGAGACUAGGCAGAGAUAAACCCUGAGAAAGAGACAGAAAUGCAGUAUUGAGAAAGCCCCACACCAAGCCUCCUUUCUUCCACUGGCAAGGUGAGGGGCUUGGUAUGGUCUGGGGAGAUCCCCUGACUACCAUUCUCAGUAAGAGAGGAAAUCAAAACCCAUUCUUAGCUUCUUCCCUUUCUCCCUCCAGCAGUGGGUGGGGGAAGGGAAGUGAGGGCAGGGGCAAAAGUGAGGAUUUGGGAAUUUUAUUUAUUUAUUUAUUAUGACUUUUCAUUUUUUGGUAUUUGGCUUUACUGAAAUAGAUGGGCCCCUGCCCACUGUGCCCUAUUUGUCCCUUAUCUCCCAAACCCUGUUCUUCCUCAAUACUCACCUACUUAAGCACUUGUUAAAAGCUUCCAGGGUUGAGAAUGGGAGUAGAGGGCAAGAGGGCUGACACAUGGAAGUUUCCAACCCAAAAUCACCCUACUUAACCUUCCUGAGCCAAACGGGUUGAACUGAAUUCCAGCAGUCACAGAAACAGUAAGAGGUUAGG